AUGCAGGUGAAAAUUGAGUGGCAGAUGCUAGUGUGCCUGGCUGUGAUGGUUGCGCUAUUGUCACCGCAAUUAGAGGCCGUUGCAUCGUGCGAUCAGCUGCGAGGUAACCUAGGGUCGUGUCUAGGGUUUCUGCGCGGCGGCGUGAUAACGUCGCAGUGCUGCAAUGGGGUUAGGGCAGUGGCGGCCUCCGCAAAAACCACCGCCGACCGCCGCGCGGCCUGCCGGUGCUUGGUGGCGGCGGCUCAAUCGAUGCGUGGGGUUAUCGAUUUGGGGAAUGCGGCGAGGCUGCCGGGGAGAUGUGGGGUCAAUAUCCCUUUCCAAAUUAGCCCCAACACCGACUGGUUGGUUGAGUUUGGAGUUGGUGUUGGACAUGCAUCAUGCAUGCAAGUUUAA